UCUAUAUUAUAACAUAAAUAAAAUGGCUACCACCAGAUUGACAAACUCAAGAAACCCAUUUUCUGUUUGUAAAAUAAUUAUUCUGCUCGCACUACUGUGCCUCACUCUCUGUCAGAAAACCUCUACCGAUGAAGUCAUGGAGGAAAUGGAAAAGGAAACUAUUUCUCGAGAAAAGGAAUGAAGAUUUGAGAUGGAUGAUGGGCAAUUUUUAUCACUAUACCAUCUAAGGAAAAAGAGAGCCCCAGAUUAUAUUUUCAAAGACUCUAGAGAGACUGGCCUUUACAGCUAUUUCUUCAACUUCUGAUCUCCCACUAUCAUGACUUGAAAUGGAGAAGAAGACGCACUCGCCAUCCAAAAAGUUGAUGGAGAUUGUGUUGCAGUCCUUGCCAGAGGGAGCUACUCGGCCAUCAGCUACUUAGACCCUAAUAAGCCCAACAGAGGAGUCAAGUUGAUAUAUGAUGGAGGAGACCCAUGCGAGCUCGGAAACAGAAGAGUCGAACACAUUUUGAAGUGAGACAACAACAUCCACCACGAGAUCGAAAGCGUAGAAGAAACAGAAGCAUGCACCUACACAGUUACAUCUCGGACCAAGUACACCUGCAAACUGGCCGAAACCAGACAGGACUUGUCGUCAUGGGAGGACGGAUGGGCUUCACCAGAAAGCGUGACCGAAAGAAGAGGAUGGUCUCUCUGGAACAGCGGAAUCGUCAAACUCAUAUUCUUCGCUGCUCUUGUGUUUGUGAUUGUGAACAUUUAUCUGUUUUACAAAAACCAAGGAAGAGACCCAUUCAGAAACUACUCAAGCGUGCAACCGAUCAAAGAGAAGUUCAGAAGUUUCUUCAGGUUUUUGAGAGGAAGCUCAGGCAGCGGAUCAAACUAACUAAACAGUAAUAUUUUGAUAAGAAUU